UGCAUCCAAUGCUUUCUAGUCUUUUCCUUUCCUCUCUUACCAGCUGAUUUGCUUCUUCUCUUCUUUAGAUCGCAGGAGUACUGCCACUCUAACUUGAGAUCCUCACCUCCAUGACGGGGUUGAUUCGAGCCGGUGAUUCGAGCCUCCUGCCCCUCCUUCCCAUCCCACCAGAAUGACAUCCCCGUCCUUAACUUUGCUCUAAACCGGCCGGAAUUCAGCUUGAGAAAUUGCGUCAGUUGUGCUGCACCCUAUUUCGCCUCCGAACCCCUUCUCUUUUCAACCUCUUUUGUCCGUUUUGUUCCCUCCAAGACACACCCAUUCAGAGAUAAUCCAGUAUUCCCGGCAAGACAGCAUGGCCGAAACAGCCGCCAUGGGAGACACCGCUGUGUGUUCUCCAACCUUCUCCAUCUUCUCUCCCUUCAUCCCUACUCUAAUUAAACAGCGGUUGCCCCCGCUGGCAUAUUCACUAUAUCCCUCUGAGCGAUCGGCUGCUUCCCGAUCUACAUUAUUCGCGACGGCUGAGACUCCGCGCCCAUUCUCCGUGGGGAGUAGGAGUUCUGCACCGAGCUCAGAUGAUUCAUUUCAUGAUAUUUCGGACGAUGACGCCCGUGGCAGUAACCACAGCCCGGAUGCAAUGGGUGUGGUGUUGGCUAACUACGAGAUGGACUCUGGCCUGCGCUGGAAUCGAGUAACGCCGGCGCUCAAUCUCCUCCGCCAUGCCGGUUACGAAGCGCAACAGCCCCGGUGUGACGCUCGGCUGGUCAGGGUCCUUUAUCUCAACGCGGUGACAUAUCUACUCACAGCCCUACCGGAGGACUUGACCAGCGAAGAAGCAGCAACCCUUCGACGUAGUCUUCCCGAGAAGGUGAAAGCAUCUUUACCCGUAUCAUCGGGAUCGGGGGUCGCGAGCCCCCAGUCCCCACGAACACCAUCCUAUCUUCAUCGCUUACUGGCGUCCAGCAUUGUCUGCUUCUGUCUUCUUCUACAAUUCCUCAUGCCCUUUGUCAAGAUGCUUUUGGUCCACCUGUACCAGUAUGAACGGUCUUAUCGGGUUACGGAGCGUGUGACCGCGAUGGCCUUGUCUGUUGCGGAUCACAUUAGCAAGGGGAGUGUAACCUUUGGAUCCACCGUGGUGAAUAUGUACGAUGGUCAACCAGGGGUUGCUGCUGCGGUGAGCGCGGCAUCCUGGUGGGUAGAGGGGAUUGCGGGUGGGAUCUAUGAAGGCGUUGGGGAGGGAAUGACCAUUCUUGGAUUUUCUGGGCCUCCAUUCGACGGGGAAGAUAAAUGAGGGGAUAAUUGGAAUUUAUAGAUUGAAAGAUAAAAAGUCAAAUAGAAUGAUGGCAUGCAU